UGGAUGAGCAGCAGCGAGUGAAAGAGUUCAAAUGAAGCAGAUGAAAGACGAAGAGACACUGGACGGUCAUGGGUGUCUUUUGUCUCUCUGCAUGUGGAGAGAGUGAGUCCUUUAAGUGGAGUGGCCGACAGACGGAGACGAGUCUCGCCCCAACGAGCCCCGAAGCCAGUGAGAUUAUGAAGAUUUGAUAUUUCCGCUGGGAGGCAAAACACGUCGGCUUCACAUCGAAAGCCAGGAUUAGCCGCUCUUUCAUUUCAUCUCCUUUUGGGCCGGGGCCUCGACCAUGAGGCUGGACCGCGGGCGGCGAGCUUCUCUGGCGCUCACACUCAACUUCGUGGCCUUUGCGUUUGCCUUGUCGGCAGUGACUACCAGCUACUGGUGCGAGGGCACGAGGAAGGUGGCCAAGCCCUUCUGCACGGGCCCGCCGGUGAAAAUGAAGCAGUGGUUCUGCAUCCGCUUCAACAGCUCCGACGUCAACGACACGCGCAUGGUGCAGUACAUCUUUGAGACGGGGGAGGAGAAGUUCCUGCUGAGGAGGUUCCACGCUGGCAUUUUCUUCUCGUGUGAGCAGGCGGCCGACAUGAACGGAUUUGACUGUCGAGAUUUCUCGGAGAUUGCGCCUGAACAUGAACGAGGAGUCCUGUGGUUGUGUAUCGUGGCAGAGACUCUGUACCUCUCUCUGCUUUUCACAGGGGGCGCUCUCAUGACUCUGGAGCAGUUUCCGUGUUUCAGCAUCAUGAACAAACUGAAGCUCAGUGCCUUCGCCGCUCUGUGCACCGUCCUGUCAGGUCUUUGUGGGAUGGUGGCCCACAUGAUGUUCACCACCAUAUUCCAGCUGGCUGUUGCUAUGGGACCAGAGGACUGGAGACCAAAGACCUGGGACUACAGUUGGUCUUAUGUGUUGGCGUGGGGCUCGUUUGGCACCUGCAUGGGUUCGGCCGUGACGGCGCUCAACAGGUACACGAAGACCGUCAUCGAGUUCAAAUACAAGCGGCGGAACAUCGAGAAGAGUCUGAUGGUCGAGAGGAGGAUGAUGCAACUUCCUGAGCACAUGUGGGACGUGUACCUGACCGCUGACGCAGAGAUGCCGCCGCAGCAGCAGCUGCACGUCAACGGCCACAAACCGUCCACGGGGACGACGUACGUGGUGGAAAUGGAUGGUGCAUCAGAGCAGCAGGGGGAGGAAUACUGCUGAGUCACCGUCCUCUGUCCCUACUGCCAUGGAAACGUUUUCAGGACAGUUUUGUUUUUCUGGAAAUAAUGAUUUUUGAUGACUUCUCAUUCAGGAUUGUUUAACUCGGGUCUGUGUCCCUGUACAAGAGUGUGUGUGUGUGUGUGUGUGUGAGAACUCACACACCCAGGCCUAGGGGCCCAAAGCAUCAGUGGCCACUGGAUGUUUUGGCUGAUUGAACUGUGAUUCAGGACUUUGAACUGUAGAGGGCAGUGUUUAGCCUCUUGGUGUACAGGCUGCUGGAAUUUAAUAGAAAAAGAAGAAGAA